AUGGACAAAGAAAGAGAAGAAUCUCCAAUAAUCGAUGGCUACGACGGAGACGUGCGUAAUUAUGAUAGCAACUCCGACGAUGAAAGCUUAUCAAAAUCACAUCAGUCUACACAUUUCUCAUCAGCUGAAGAAAAGUUCAUGAAGCUCCAUGAUUUAAAAGUCCAGGCGUUUGAAGCACUUCACCUGGGUAAUAAUCAUCAUCAUGACUCUACUAGUACACUCAGCUCCCCAGCAGAUCCUCUUAUGUCAGCAUCGGAAUUAACAAGCAGCUCUUCAGCUUUGGAUACAACCCCAAGCUCGCAACUCCACUCGAAGCUCUCCGAAUCGCUUAAAAGUCCAAUCAAGAGAAGACAGUCGAUAAUUGAUCUUCCCCAGAACCAUCAAGGCUUUGUGGGAUACCACUCUCAUCCUUCAGCGACUCCUACUACUGCUAGUCAACAGGCCAAGCCAAAAAAUGCCAUUCCAGAAGAAUACGCUUCAGAUGAAUUGAUUGAAUUGUACGAAAAUAUUCGGGAAUGUCUUGCAAUGAGACAUAAAUACUUGGCGUUAUCCAAUCAAAACGAUGAAUCUAUCAACCCAAAGAACAAGCCCGAGUGGGAAAUCUACCCAUCUCCUCCGUUGCCAACCUACAAGUCGAAGAACAGAUUUAACCAGCUUCCCGCCGAGGGAGGUGAAACUAGAGAAGAAGAAUUUCAAUGGGAUAAAGUUGAAAAGGAAGCUUCAAGAGGCAAGUUCAAGGACUAUGAAUUAGUAACCGGGGCCGAAGAUAUCUAUAACGUGAUCGACCCAGAUACCAAAGAACCAAUCGUUGCAGUACCAUCCCUUCGUGAAUACUAUUUAGAUUUGAACAAAAUCACCAGAAUUUCAUCAGAUGGGCCUUCCAAGUCGUUUGCCUUUAAGAGAUUGCAAUUCUUGGAGACCAAGUGGAAUAUGUACUACUUGCUCAAUGAAUAUGAAGAAACGAAAGAAUCAAAGAAGAACCCACAUCGUGAUUUCUACAAUGUUCGUAAGGUCGAUACUCACAUCCAUCAUUCAGCUUGCAUGAAUCAAAAACAUUUAUUGAGAUUUAUCAAAUAUAAAUUAAAAACAGAACCCAAUGAACAAGUUAUUUUUAGAGAUGGUAAGAUCUUGACAUUACUGGAAGUGUUCAAAUCUCUUAACUUGACUGGCUAUGACUUGUCAAUUGAUACAUUAGAUAUGCAUGCCCACACUGAUACAUUCCACAGAUUCGACAAAUUCAACUUGAAGUAUAAUCCAAUUGGUGAGUCAAGAUUGAGAGAAAUCUUCUUGAAGACAGACAACUUUAUUGAUGGGAAAUACUUGGCAGAGCUCACCAAACAAGUCUUUGAAGACUUGGAAAGCUCCAAGUAUCAACACGUGGAGUUAAGAAUUUCUAUAUACGGUAGAUCAAUUUCUGAAUGGGAUAAAUUAUCAUCAUGGAUCGUUGACAAUAAAUUAUUCAGUCACAAUGUUCGUUGGCUAAUCCAGGUUCCUAGAUUAUACGAUUUGUAUAAAAAGAAUGGUAACGUUGAAUCAUUCCAAGACAUUUUGACCAACUUGUUCAAACCAUUGUUUGAGGUGUCCAUUGAUCCAUCAUCUCACCCUAAAUUACAUGUGUUCUUGCAAAGAGUAGUUGGUUUUGAUUCUGUUGAUGAUGAAUCUAAACUGGAAAAAUUAUUAUCUUCCAGAAAAUUCCCAAGAGCCAGCGAAUGGAAAUACCCAACUAACCCACCAUACUCAUAUUAUUUGUAUUACAUUUUUGCCAAUAUGACAUCGUUGAAUAAUUUAAGAGAACGUCACGGAUUAAACACUUUCCUUUUAAGACCUCAUUGUGGUGAAGCUGGAGACCCUGAACAUCUCAUUAGUGCAUUUUUGACAUCUCACUCCAUCUCACAUGGUAUCUUAUUGAGGAAGAUCCCAUUAAUGCAAUACUUGUAUUACUUGGAUCAAAUCGGAUUAGCAAUGUCCCCACUAUCAAAUAAUGCUCUUUUCUUAACUUAUGAUAAGAACCCUUUCUACAGUUUCUAUAAAAAGGGUAUGAAUGUGUCAUUAUCGACGGAUGAUCCCUUGCAAUUUUCCUUCACCAAAGAACCUUUGAUUGAAGAGUACUCUGUAGCAGCUCAAAUCUACAAAUUAUCCGGGGUAGAUAUGUGUGAAUUAGCCUGCAAUUCAGUGAAGCAAUCAGGCUGGGAGACUGCAAUUAAGAAGCACUGGCUCGGUAAGAAAUACUUAGAGAAGGGAGUUUCUGGGAAUGACAUUGAAAAGACUAACAUCCCUGACAUCAGAAUAAAGUAUAGAGAGGAAACUUUGCAGAGUGAAUUAGAGUUGAUCUCCUACUAUACUGGAUUAAACAAAAAAAGAAAGGAUUAA